GACUGGAGGAAGUGAACUUUUAUAAGUAUGUUAAAUUUAAUUAAAAAUAUCUUAUAUGUAAUGGGAGGGAGUAAGUUGAAUUGCCAGGAGGAGAUUGGACAAACGCCUCAACAUAAAUUAGCACGGGAUGAGAUCACCCCCUUGAUUGUUCCCUUCUGACAAUUUUCCCUUCAGUAAGGUGAGGGGGAGGGAAAGAGAGGGUGUGUGGCAGGCGGAAGGAUUCCACUUUUGGUGGUGUCGUUUCAUUUGGUGCGACUCAAUCAAUGAAAGCGGUGGUGAUUACUGCUCCUGGUGACCCAGAAGUGCUUCAGGUGCGGGAUGUCCCAGACCCAUUAAUUAAGGACAAUGAGGUCCUUAUAAGGGUCGCUGCCUCUGCUUUGAAUCGCGCCGAUAUUUUCCACCGGAAAGGCUUAUAUGAGCCUCCAAGCGGUGACACGCCCUAUCUGGGUAUGGAAUGCUCCGGCACCAUUGAAGCCCUCGGCAAAAACGUUACCCGCUGGAAAAUUGGUGACCAGGUAUGUGCUUUACUCCAUUGGGGAGGUUAUGCGGAGAAGGUAGCUGUUCCAGCAGAGCAAGUUCUUCCUGUCCCACCUGGUGUCUCUCUGGAGGAUUCUGCUAGUCUACCUGAGGUGGCAUGCACUGUUUGGUCAACUGUUUUUAUGACAAGCCGACUAUCACCAGGCGAGACAUUCUUGGUUCAUGGAGGUUCCAGUGGAAUUGGUACAUUUGCUAUCCAAAUGGCUAAAUUCCAAGGAGUAAAAGUUUUUACUACAGCAGGAAGUGAGGAAAAACUAGCUGCUUGUAAAAAUCUUGGAGCAGAUAUUGCUAUCAAUUACAAGACACAAGACUUUGUUGCUCGAGUAAAGGAAGAAACUGGAGGGAAAGGUGUUGAUGUCAUUCUGGAUCACAUGGGAGCAUCCUACCUGCAGCGAAACCUUGACAGUUUAAACGUUGAUGGAAGGCUUUUCCUCAUCAGCAUAAUGGGUGGUGCUGUAGGAGAGGUAAAUCUGAAUAGUUUGCUCACAAGGCGCCUCACAAUACAAGCUGCUCGUUUGCGAUUCAGAAGUUCAGAAAACAAAGCAGAGAUUAUAAGAGCGGUGGAGAAAAAUGUGUGGCCGGCCAUCGCUUCAGGGAAGGUGAAGCCUGUUGUCUAUAAGUACUUCCCAUUAUCUGAAGCAUCAGAAGCUCAUCGACUCAUGGAAGCCAGCAAGCACAUUGGAAAGAUAUUGCUUCGACCAUGAACUAAUAUUAUUAAUCCCUAUAUUUAAGAGGAGAAGGGUAUGAUGAUCUGCAUUAAUGCCUUUAUCCUGACCAAUGUCAUGGCCUGUUGUAGUAGCAUGGUCGAGCCUGAUUUGUGAACGAGUUGAUUGACAUGAAGGGUUAGCUGGUAUGGAUUGGGCUUUUCCAUGCAAAAGCUCGUGAAUCAAGGGGUCUAUGGUGUAUGGUGAAUGAAACAUUCUAGUUUACCACUUUCUGCAUUAAGUGGUAACAUGGUUCUCUCUGUUUUGUAUCAAACUGCAAGAAGAAAUGAACUUAUUUUUCCUCUCUAAAGGCAUAUCUAUAGUCUGCACUGUGAACAGCUCGACUGGGGAAAUACGUGAGACUUUUCUCGCUGUGUCAUAUGUAGUGCUUAUGACUUAAUCUCUUCAUGUUGCUCAAAUAUGGCAUAAAUAAUAUUGAUAUCUUUUGUACAA